AUGAGCGUCAAGACUAACGACGUUAAAGAAUUGGGAUUCACAAAUGAGGAAAUAAAGGAUAUAUUAGAGGAGGCGGGUUAUGAAGUUGAUAAAUAUUAUUUUAGAAAUUGUCAAAAAUUCGCGGAGUUUUUAAAUGAGUUUGAUUAUGAUGGAAAAAUGAAUAAAGAUGAUGUUAUAAAUUUCUUAUAUCCCACAUCUAAAAAGGGAAAAACUAAAGAACCUGAUGUUUUCCCUGAAUAUUAUGAAGAACGGAUUAAAGAUGAUGAAUAUGAUGAAAUUGAAAUUGAAAGACUGGAAAAAAUAAGAGAUGAAAUAGAUGAAAAAAUUAAGGAAUUAAGAGAAGUUGAAAAAUAUAAUGAAAAUGAAGUAGAGGGUUUAAUGAAUAUCCUAGCUUCAGAAUCAGCAGUUCAGAAAUCUCAUGAAGAAAGAUAUAAAAAUUAUGUCUCAGAAUCAACACAAAAUUUAUUAGAUGGUGAAAUAGAUGAAACACUUUCAGAAGAAGGUACUAAAUUUAUUCGUAAACAUAAGUUACAAUUUAUUGAUAAUGAAAAAUACCCUUGUAUCUUACUUUCACCCCCUCUCGAUUCUGAGAAAUUCAAAAAAGCUCUUAAAAACGUGACAUAUGCAACUAAUACGAUUAAGAAAGAAGAUCAUGAUAUUUACACAAAUUAUUAUUUAAAUAAAUGCACAGGUGUUGAUAAAGUUUUUGAUUUAUUAGAUAAAAUAUCAAAAGAAACCAUUGGAACAUAUAAAAUUUUGUGUGAUUGUGGUUUCAUUAUUGAAGAUACCAAUAAUGUUUCAUAUGAAAGAACAGCACCGAAGGAAGAUGA